AGACGUAGCUCAAACAACUAUUUUUCGUCUCUCUAGGUAUCACAUUUAUUACAUAUAUUAAUUUAUUCUUUUUGUUGUUGUUCGGGACCCCCUUUUUUUAACAGCUGUCCACAGCUUCUGUUCUACAUAGAGAUACAUCGUAUCUCCUUCACAGUUCUUCACUACCAGGCACAGACACACACACGCGAGAAAAAAAAAAAAUGCGCAGGGCGCUCACUUCUGUCUCCGUUGCUGCGGUCGCGUCGCUGCGCUGCUACGCGACGAAGCACUACACCGACAGCCACGAGUGGGUUGAGCAGGCAGACGGCGAAGUCAUCAUCGGCAUUUCGACCUAUGCCCAGGAGAACUUGGGCGAUGUGGUGUACGUCUCUCUUCCUCAAGUCGGCGACAAGGUGUCCGCGAAGGAUGUGGUAGGCGAAGUGGAGAGCGUGAAAGCCACCAGCAACGUCUACUCACCCGUGGACGGCACCGUUUCGGCUGUCAACGAGAAGCUGAAGGAUGAGCCCGGUCUCAUCAACCAGUCCGCUGAGGAGAAGGGUUGGCUGGUGAAGGUCAAGUGCUCGGAGAUCCCCAAGGGUCUUAUGGACGCCGAGGAGUACAAGAAGUUCCUUGAAUAG